AUGGAAUCUUUCACUGCCUCCAACAACAUCGCUGCCAACUUCACUGGUGAAGAAUUAAAAUCAGAGGAGAUCUUCUCCAUGAUGACUGAGUACCUCGCCAGAGGAGAAGGUGCCGAUCUCUCAGACAAAGUCGGAGCUAUCUUCCAGUUCGACGUCAGAGCCAAGAAGGGAGGACCAAUUGUCGGAAGCUGGGAAAUCGACCUCAAGAGCUCCCCACCAAGCUGCAAGAAAGGAAAGUCUUCCGGACCAGAUGCUACUUUCACCAUGAUCGACUCUGACUUCGAAAAGGUGUGCAUGGGUACUCUCAACCCACAGAUGGCCUUCAUGCAGGGAAAGAUGAAGAUUAAGGGAAAUUUGGGAAAAGCUACCAAGUUCACCCCAGAACUCUUCCCACCACCAACUGAGGAAAACAUUGCCAAAUAUGCCAAGGCUAAGUUGUAAUUGCUUUCCUUAAGAAAGGAUUAGGAAAAGCCGAUUCAA